GCGCACAGCCGUGUGUGUGGACGGAUGACUGUAGAUCUGACAGAGUUCAGUGGAGCUUCAGUGUGAAGAUGUGUGAGCGAGCAGAAGUGCUAGAUGGAGGAUAUGAACUGUGGAUUUAACUGCUGUCGGUGAGGCUGAAUAACACGCCUGGACCAAGCGGACCGAAUUAUACACUUCACAAUAUGAAGACGCGAACGCGUCAUGGGAUCAUCAUAUUGAUUGGUUUUGUGACCGUGCUUACAAGCUUAUUAUUCCUGUACAACAGCAGUUCUACCGACACACCAGAAGAUCAGAUGCAGUCAGACGGACAUCAGAUGAACGUUCUAAGACGGCAAACAUCCCACUUAGAAGGGUACAGCAGCAUCAUUGAACAUAAGCCUCUUAGGAUGCAUUGCAGAAGUUGUGCCUUGGUGACCAGCUCUGGUCACAUGACAGGAAGUGAUCGAGGUGCAGAGAUUGAUAGCAAGGAGUGCGUUAUCCGUAUGAACGAUGCCCCAACAAAAGGCUACCAAAAGGAUGUGGGCCAGCGGACAAGCCUGCGUGUGGUCGCACAUUCCAGCAUGCAACGUGUGCUACGAAACCGCCUUGAGCUACUCAACUCCAGCCAGGACACAUUCUUUAUCUUCUGGGGGCCCGGAAACUAUAUGCGACAAGACGGUAAAGGCCUUGUCUACAACAACCUGCGCCUGAUUAAGCAGAUGAUGCCUAAACUACAGGUGUAUGUUAUCUCACGGUUGAAGAUGUUGCAUUUUGAUGAGCUUUUUAAGAAGGAAACAGGAAAAGACAGGAAAAAGUCAAAUUCAUGGCUCAGCACUGGUUGGUUCACCAUGGCAAUCGCUAUGGAGGUUUGUGACAGAAUCAACGUCUAUGGCAUGAUUCCUCCUGAGUUCUGCAAGUCUCCCCAGCCCUCAAUGCCGUAUCACUACUACGAGCCUGCGGGGCCGGAUGAAUGCACCAUGUAUCUCUCCCAUGAGCAAGGCCGCCAUGGCAGUCACCAUCGUUUCAUUACAGAGAAACAUGUGUUUGCCAACUGGGCACGUAUGUUCAACAUACACUUCUAUCAGCCUGACUGGAGACCGACGCCAGUCGCAAAGAACAGCACAGACUCCUGAAGUUCAGAUGUUUUUGGGCCUGUUGGUCACAGAGCGUGUCCUUUUAAGGACAAAUUAAUGUUUUAACUUAAACAUUUUAACUUGAACACAUAAUGAAUGAUGUUCUUUCUAGAGGCUUGAAACACCAAGAACAACUUUAUACAAGGCACUUGUUGGACAUAAAGACUUUUUUGAUGAACAUUUUAAUUGCAAAAACUAAAGUGCUGAAUGAAAAUGUUUAACGAUCAUGUUAAAUGUGACAAGAACAUGCAGUAUAUUAUUCACAUUAUUUAUUAGUUGUAACAGUAUACCUUAUGAUCCACAUUGGUUCAUAAUUCAGAAAACUGGGUUACUGUAUAAUUAUAUCACAUUUUCUGUUUCCAGCAAUUACUAGUUUGAUAUCUAGGCCAUAUUGUUCUCCCUGUGUAAUUUCAUUUAAAUUACACAUAGAGCCUCACUAAUUUUUGCCGCUUUUAGAGUGUCGAGCAUAUGUUACAAAUUUACUUCUCUCAGUGGCAUCUAAAAGGACCAUAAGCAAUGUGUGCAUUUUCCAAAUGAGACUUUGUUCAUAGGGCCUCAUUAGAUUUGUCUGAUUUAGUUUUUGUACAAGUAAAAAAAGAAGUUUAUCUCUUAAAUUAGGCUGUAAAUAUAGAUUUAUGCUAAUAUACAUGUGAUGUUCUCAGUAGUUCUAGUCUUUCCUCUAAAUCGGAGGUUCCCACAGACUGUUUCAUGCUAGGACCCACCAAAGUAAGUAAAUCAAUUUUAAGACUUUUUUUUUUAUAUACCUUGAGAUAUCCUUGUCAUAUAGUUUAAUAUAAUAUAGUAUAAUAUUUCAUGUUUUAUGCUAUGUCUUGAUGCAUCGACGUGGAACUAGCUUAAAUGAGUCUCAUGGCAGUUCUGUUUUACAUUUAGUGGCUAAUUCAUAUGAAUUCAUUUCAUA